GACCACUAAAUCAUAUAUCAUAAAAAAUAUAUGCAUAUAUAACAUCUUUAUUUUAUUAUUUUUAUUAAACUCAACUUUUCUUCAGCUGGACUAAUAUGGAAAAUGGCGGUUUCAGCUCCGGUGAUAGGCCGGUGAUCAUGGUUACGAACGACGACGGCGUCGAUGCGCCUGGCUUGCUAGCUCUGGUUCAUGCUCUAGUUUCUACUGGUUCAUAUGUUGUUCAAGUUUGUGCACCUGACUCAGAAAAAUCAGCUGUAAGUCAUUGCACAUAUCGUCAUCCUCUAGUUGUGAAGAAAGUAAAAAUUGAAGGAGCAACAGCUGUUUCGGUUUCUGGAACCCCAGUGGAUUGUGUUUCUUUGGGAAUCUCUAAGGCACUUUUUCCUUCGGUGCCUGAUCUGGUAAUCAGUGGCAUAAACAAGGGUAACAACUGCGGAUAUAACAUUGUGUAUUCUGGCACUGUUGCUGGUGCUAGAGAAGCUUUUCUUGAUGGUGUGCCUUCUAUCUCACUAUCUUAUCAAUGGAAUUCAACUAAGAGCCAAAUCAAUGACUACUUGCUCUCUGCCAAGGCUUGCUUGCCUAUCAUUAACGCAAUAUUGGUAGACGUCAAGAAUCAAACUUUUCCAUAUGGGUGUUUUCUGAAUGUAGAUUUUCCAACAGAUAUUGCUAAUCAUAAGGGUUACAAGCUAACUAAGCAAGGAAAAAGUAGAUCCAGAUUGGGAUGGAAGAAAAUCACUGCUGACAUACAAAUAGAAAAAUUGUUAUCAGAACUAUCCCAAGAGAAUCAUACACAAACAAUUUCAUCAGAGCAUGAACAUCUCUUGUUCCAAAGACAUCAUUGGAAUUCUCAGUUUAGUGAGGAUAAAGAUGAUGAAACAGAUAAAAAGUCUUUGAGAGAAGGAUAUAUUACAGUAACUCCUCUUGGUGCUCUCUCUCGGGCUGAUGAAGACAGCCAUAACUAUUUCAGAAACUGGUUACCAAAUUCAAGCUGAGAGCUUCUCUUUUUUUUCAACCUAAAUAAUCAUAUAAGGCUAUAUUGAUUUAUGUUGUGACUAAACAGUCAUAUCACAUAUCUAUUCGGUACCAUUUAUGUUCAUGGAAAAUCCAUGUGUCAGAUCAAAGUCUUAAUGUCAUUCAAAAAUAAAAUAAGAAAAAGCCAGAAAGGAAAGGAAAAAAAAAAUUCUGGAGUGAUGAUAAAAAAUGAUUCUUUCUUUCUCUUUUUUUUUUUUUUUUGAGCACUAGAAUAUAACAAUGUGAGAUAGUUGAAAUGCAACUAAAAUUGAAAAAGAAAAAACAGAGAAAAAAAGGGUAGAAUCUGAGGCUGGGAAUAUGGAAUUUGGUUUAGUUUGAUAUGAGAAAGACAACGCCAACUUACAAUGCAAGUAGUUGAAAGCUCAUACUAAUAAAGAAGGAGAAUUUAUUCUCUUGCAA